GAGGGUAAUGCGUGCACAGACAAGUGCGUUAAACUCCUCUAGAAUUCCUCCAGGAGAAAUGCACAUUUAUCCAAGCGCCUAAACCGCGAUAUUUCUCAAAUGUUGCUCUCUACAUUCUCUAGUUUCUUUGCUCGGAAUUGUCCUUUUGACCCGCCUUCCAUCUAAAAGACAUGCAACUUUGGCAGCGCUUGGCAACCAGGUAGUGGACAGCUGUACAGCAGCAUGCAGUUUCUAGCAAACAGUAUUCCCUGGAUCUUCGCUGAGUCAACCCAUGGCCCCUUCGUUUGUGGAUGUAUAUUCAGAUGGUCUGACUAACGCCUAAGUGGAGGAAACACGCAGAAGGGCGAGGGAGAAUGGCUUCGAAAGAGCGACUGUACGAGCUGUGGAUGUUAUAUUACACUAAGAAAGAUGUCGUUUACCUGCAGCAGUGGUUGGAGGCAUUCGUGGCGUCUUUUGAGAAGGCCAUUGAUGUGCAGUCGACGGAGCCUCGCCGGCUGGAGGAAUGGAGCGUCAAUGUCCCGCUCCUCCCCAAGGAGGUAUUGGUGUUCCUCAGCACCCAGCUGUGGCACAGCGCCCUCCACAUGUCAGGGCAGGAUCAGAGCAGCACUGCUCCACACCCACUGCUCCUCAUCAAGUUCUUCAUCAUCAUCUGCAGAAAUAUGGAGAAUAUAGACUCUGAAAAGACCCCGGGGUUUGUGUUUGAGACGAUCAAGCUCCUAAACUUCUGUUUGACUCAGCUGAAGAAGCAGCCAGAUGAUCAGAGCACUUUACAGUUGGUGGUACAGCAUGGCCUGCUGCUGUGCGAAAAUCUCUUUGACCCUUAUCAGACGUGGAGGAGACGGCAGGCAGGGGAGGAGGUCAGUAUGCUGGAGAGAAGCAAGUAUAAAUUCUCCCCCCUUGUUCUACCAGAGGAGCUUCCUUUGCUCUUCCAUGACUACCUACAAGAGAGUGAACUAAUCCCAGAGCCACUCGUGGUGAGGCUGGUGCAUCUUCAGGGAGCUGUAAUCAGUGGAUGCAAGAGAAACGGCCUUCUCUCCAUCACCUCCCAGGCUGUGAAGGACCUAAUGUCUGUGCUACGUUUCUGGUGCCUCACUCCUGCCUCAUCCCCACAAGAGCCCAAGGACCCUCGGCUGCUCAAAAUGACCCUGCAGUGCCUGACUGCAAUGAUCCACCUUCUGCACUCCAGCAGCCCGGUCGACAGGCAGGUAGAGAUCCGGAUUGUACUGGACGGUUACUUCCAGCUGCUCAACUGGAACCGGCCACCGGACAGCCAGCAGGGAGAUAUGCAGACCUGGGAGGAUAACCUCAUUAUACUUCUCGAACAUAUGUUGAAUGCUAUCCCAGAGAUCCUGCAGUGUUCAGACCGGCCGGUGUUGCAGGCUAUCUUUCUCAACAACAACUGUUUCGAGCACAUCCUCCGCCUCAUCCAGAACAGCAAGCUAUAUCAGAGUAACAGGUUUAAGGUGGAGUGUGAGGGCCAGUGUGACCUCACUACACGUUUGCUCACAGAGGCUGAAGUGGAGCAGGUCUGGGAAAAGGGCUCUGACUGCAUCACAGUACACGCCAUUCGAGUUCUCACCGCCAUUAUGAGCAACUCGCCCUCAGCCAAGGAGGUCUUCAAGGAGCGGAUUGGCUACUCACAGUUGUUUGAUGUGUUGAAAAGUCAAGGACAGCCCACCAAAAGACUCCUGCAGGAGCUGAUGAACAUGGCUGUUGAAGGAGAGCAUUCCCUGGCCAUGCAGUUGGGCAUCAGUAAUGAACAGCCUUUGCUCCUGCUGCUGCAGUGGUUGCCUGACCUGGGCUCUCGCUCUCUGCAGCUGCUGGUGUCUCAGUGGCUGGCGGCCGUGUGUCGAGGAACUCUGUCCUGCCGCACUGUAGCCGUUGAAGCAGACUUAGUAGGCGCUCUGCUGGAGGUGCUGUCCGAACCCCCAGUGCGGCUCGACCGGCAGUGCGCAGACGCCCUCUUGGGUUUGCUUCAAGACUUGGGAUCUCUUUCUCUACGGCCCUGUGAACUGAAGAGUCUGCUGAAGCUCUUGUGGACUGAACCCGGUGCACCCCCUCACCCGUACUGCGGGCGCGUUGUAAGGGUGAUUUCUGCCAUGGCCGCCCGUGGAGAGGGUGGGUGCAGCGCCUUGCAGUAUUUUGACCUUAUGCCCCCUAUGGCGGGUAUUAUGGUGCCAGCUAUACAGCGCUGGUCAGGAAGCGCAUUUGCUUUCCAUGCCUGGUUGUGCCUCAACACAGACUUUCCUCCACCCCAACACCACUACUCAGAAUCCCACCUGACAAACCCGGAUAAUAUGGUUCGAAUGGCUAAGGGACCACGCAGGAAACAGCUUUACAGUUUCUUCACUGCAAGCGGAACUGGCUUUGAAGCGUUUUUCACCACAGAAGAAGUUUUGGUGGUGGCAGUAUGUACUAAAAAGGAGUACAUGGCUGUUUCCCUGCCAGAACACCCAUUGAAUGAUUGCGCCUGGCACUCAGUUGCCAUUGUUCACGUUCCUGGCCGUCGGCCCUUUGGACAGAAUGUGGUCACUGUUUAUGUGGACGGAAUGCAGUGUAAAACAGCUCCCCUGCGCUUUCCUUCUCUGAAUGAGCCAUUCACUUCCUGCUGCAUUGGAUCAGCUGGUCACCGGACCACUACUACCAUGACUACCUCUCCGACCCUGCCCAACCCGUCCCACUCGCCCUCCGAGAUGGCAUUUGCAGCUCAUGCUGGGCCACCCACCCUUGCACGUUCCCAGUCCUUCCCUGCAUCCUUUGCAGCAGCCGCAGGGGGGCGGCCAGGUGUGAGUCGGGACAGUCUAGUUCACACCAUCCCGGCAGGGCUACAGGACACUGCAUGGGGCUCUCCUUCAUCACUGGGUGGCCUUUUAGCCACAGUGUUCAUCUGCCAUGAAGCUCUGCAGCCUGCUCAGGCACGAGCCCUGUUCACUGCAGGUCCCAAUAAUGUUUCUCUGUUCAAAGCUGAUGGUGAACCUUCAGAAGUCAACAGUAAACUAGUUUUAUACUAUACACCACAGGCCUUUAAGAGCCAGAUCUGUUUGGAUUUGUCCCCCAACCAUCUUUACGAUGGCAGGCUGACUGGUCACAGAGUGGUGAACUGGGACGUAAAGGAUGUGCUGAGCUCUGUAGGUGGGAUGGGAGCUCUCCUGCCCCUGCUGGAGCAGGUGUGUUUACUGGAUCAGGCCGAGACUGUAGGUCAGGAGACUUCAGAUCUUCUCGGGCCAGAGCUCACGUCCUCCAGGGGCCCCGCCGGCAUGCUGCUGCCACUGGGGAAGUCAUCUGAGGGCCGUUUAGGGAAGAACAGUGUAGCAGCGUUUUUGCUGAUGAUUAAGAACAUGCUGCGCAACCAUCCAGCCAAUCAGGAGAGUCUGCUUCAGUGCCACGGGCCGCCCAUCAUCGGAGCCAUGCUCGGCAAGGUUCCCAGCAGUAUGAUGGACAUGAGUGUACUGAUGGCCUGUCAGUUCCUGCUCAAGCAGGUGUCCAACGAGGGCAGCAACGCCCUCCUAUCACAGCUGUACCAGUACCUGCUCUUUGACUUCAGGAUCUGGAGCCACAGCCACUUUGCAGUCUGCCUGGGUCAUGUGCAGUACCUAACCACUGUCAUCAAUGAAGGCAAGCUGAAGACUCGUAAGAGGUAUGGUGUUCAGUACAUCCUGGACUCGAUUCGGACACACUACAGUGUGGAGAAGGAUGGCAGUACUCUGUCUGAUGAGAGGCAGACGGUGCAGAUCUCUCUUUUCGCUCUGCUGAAGGACCUUCUGAAAUCUCCCACUGCUGAGGAGCUGCACAGUGUACUAGCCUACGCUGCUAUAGUGCAAGACGAGCAACAGAUGAUCAGUAUUCUGGAUGUGUUACACACUGUAUUGAGGAGUUCUCCUUCUCCACGGGAGCAGGCUGUGACGGUUCUUCUGGAGCGAGGGGUGGAGCAGCUCUACUGUCUGCUGCUCAAAACCAACUAUGGGGACGAGGCUCGUGAGAGAGUAUUCAGGGUCUUGUAUAAAGUCCUGAAGAGUGAACGUGUUCCUGAGCGUAGUAAAAUGCGCAUCAAACUCAAGGACUCCGGCUACCUUGGACUGGUCUGCUCCUUUGAAGACGUCCCCAUCACCAUGGCGACUGUACGCUGUCUGUAUGAGCAGGUGCUCGCCACAGAUCCCACUCCGAAUUUUAGAGACCUGUUGGCAGUGGCGUACCUGUCCCAUCGUGCCGACCUCAGUGUCCGACUGGAUAUCUGUCGAAAGCUCUUCCACUUGAUUUACUCCAACGAAGAGUAUGUGAAGCAGCUCGCGCGUCAGUCAGGCUGGCAGGAUGUUCUCACCAAACUCUACAUCAAAGAAUCGUACAAGUCUCGUGCUCUCAGCCAAUCCAAUUCUUUAUCCAGUCCCACCAACUCUCUGGAGCCCGUUCUUCCCAGACCCGUCUUCCGUCGUGAGGACAGCGUAAUGGAGGACACCCGGCAGAACGUCUACAUUUCCCUCACCGCCCGCCAUGAAGAGGAGUACGAGGAGGAAGGAGAAGCUCAGGAUGUGUCGGAGGGCUACUCUGACCUCUCCCAGUCUCCUCCGUCAACCGGACAGCUCAAGAAUGAUUCCCUCCACUUCAAACCAUUUGACUCCGGAGAACAAAGCAGUUAUUCGUCCACCCUGUCCAACACUGUGGACAUUCCAUCAUCGUCCCGUUUGCUGGAGGAAGAGGAAAACACGUAUCAGCCGCUCUCACCCUUCUGCUCACCCUUUGAGCUGGAACUAAGCCUUCAGAAAGGGCCCCAGACACCUGUGGGUAGCCAGCCAGAGACCCCCUCUCCUCUGGAACACAGUAAGAGCUUCCCAGGCAUGAGACCACGCAAGAGCUCCAGUCUGUCCAAUGUUCUGGACGACACAAGCUACAGCACCGAACCUCCUACAGACACCAUCUCUAACACAUCCAACCCACAGGCUCCCGAGGAGGAGUUGUGUAAUUUGCUGACGAACAUCGUAUUCUCUGUGCUGUGGAGCGGCACUGAGGGGUCUGAGGAUGUGAUAUGGAGAGAAAGGGGUCAGGUGUUCUCUGUCCUCACCAAGCUUGGCUCAUCCUGUCAGCUGGUGCGGCCUCCUGAUGACAUCAAACGCAGUCUGUUGGAGAUGAUGCUGGAGUCGUCUCUGUCAGAUCUGAGGGACUCUCAGGGCGUGUCUCUGCCCCAUGUGCCUUCUUUGCUCCGCCUCCUCAGACUGCUCCAGGACUUCCUAUUCGCCGAGGGCACUGACAAUCAAACACUAUGGAGUGAGAAGAUUUUUGAGGGGGUGGUGAAUCUGUUGGAUAGGCUGCAGGCAUGGCACACGACCCCUGGGUCAGCGGGGUCCUCUGAGCUCAAAGAGAUGUCUCUGAUCGGCCUGCGUAUCAUCACUGGAUACAUUCAGCAGCAGCAGAACCCACAGGUACACACAUGUGCCUGCCUCAAGGCUCUUUACAGUCUGUUACAGACGAUAAUAUGUAAUAUAUGCUGCUUUCUCUCUCUCUCUCUCUCUCUCUCUCUCUCUCUUGGUGCACCUCUUUGGCCUGCAAACUCUGGCUCAGACCCGGGUGCCGAGGCUUUGCUGAGCCCGCUGGUGCCCAUCGUCCGAGCGCUUUUGGACCAGCAUGCGGAUCGCACCACCCUUCAGAAGAUGCUCCCCAACCUGCCCGCCACCAACGGCAGCCCCUCCUUCGCCCAGGAUCUCCAGAACUACUGCAGCACUGCUGAGUGGCAGCAGUUCUACCAGAACCACGUGGGGCCCACGAUGCAGCAGUAUGAACUAGACACUUUUGGAAAGAGUCAUGACCUGAUGUCCAACUUUUGGAAUUCCUGCUUUGAUGACCUCAUGAGCACUGCACAGAGGAGAGACAAGGACCGUUCCGACUGCAAAGCCAAGUUUCAGGAGCUCAUUAUUGACCCGUACCUAAAACGGGUGCGCACAGAGAACAGCCGCUACCACAGUCUGCAGAAGAUGAGUAACAGCCAGCAGGGGGUGGUGGGGGGACACUGGAAAUCACUGCGCAGGUUACUGAGCAGUGAGAGAGGAGCCUGGGCACUCAGGGUUCAGCCAGAGGUGAAAUGGAAACUGUCAAGUGCAGAGACGUACUCUAAGAUGCGUCUGAAGCUGGUGCCAAAUUACAGCUUUGAUUCCCACAGUGAUGCCAGUGCACUGAGAGAUAACAUGGGAGCCGACAGUCCCCGCAGCUCAACCGAGCCCAUCCCUCUUGCAGUUGCCAAGGAAGCUAAAGUUAGUGACAUGGAGGAUGACAAACUAGAGGAUGAGGAUAUUGCCUUCAUUGAUGAGGUGGAGGAGGGCGAGGAGGAGAGCCAAAAAGAAAAGCUGGUGCUCUCAGAGGAGUGUGAGCUCAUCACUAUUGUUGCCGUGGUACCAGGUCGUCUGGAGGUCACAACGCACCACCUGUACUUCUACGAUGGCAGUAGUGAGAAAGAGGAGACCGAGGAAGGCAUUGGUUUUGAUUUCAAGAGGUCAUUGUCACAGCUAAGGGAAGUCCACCUGAGGCGCUACAACCUGCGGAGAUCAGCACUAGAGCUGUUCUUCAUCGACCAGGCACACUACUUCAUCAACUUCAGGAAGGGGGUGCGGAACAAAGUCUACUCCAGGAUCCUGGGUCUCAGACCACCCAAUCUGUUCUAUUUUGGUUCUCGCUCUCCUCAGGAGCUCCUAAAAGCCUCCAACCUGACUCACAGAUGGGUUUGCAGAGAAAUCUCCAAUUUUGAAUAUCUGAUGCAGCUCAACACCAUUGCUGGUCGCACAUACAAUGAUUUAUCCCAGUAUCCAGUGUUCCCCUGGGUGUUGUGUGACUACACAUCUGCUAAAUUGGAUCUGGAGGACCCAGCUGUUUUCAGAGAUUUGUCCAAACCCAUUGGUGUCGUCAACCCUCGACAUGCACAGAACGUCAGGGAAAAGUAUGAGAGUUUUGAGGACCCAACAGGCACUAUCGAUAAGUUCCACUAUGGCACACACUACUCUAAUGCUGCAGGCGUCAUGCACUACAUGAUCCGCACAGAGCCCUUCACCUCAUUACAUAUACAGCUCCAGAGCGGCAAGUUUGAUUGUGCCGAUAGACAGUUUCAUUCAGUAGCAGCAGCGUGGCAGGCACGGAUGGAGAGUCCAGCUGAUGUCAAGGAGCUCAUCCCAGAGUUCUUCUACUUCCCAGAGUUCCUGCAGAACAUGAACGGUUUUGAUCUGGGCUGCUUGCAAAUAAGUCAAGAGAAGGUCAAUGAUGUGUUACUUCCUCCUUGGGCGUCUUCGCCUGAAGACUUCGUCAGGAAACACCGCAAAGCUUUGGAGAGUGAGCAUGUGUCUGCUCACCUGCACGAGUGGAUCGAUCUCAUAUUCGGGUAUAAGCAGCGAGGACCUGAAGCGGUGGAGGCUCUCAAUGUCUUCUACUACUGCACUUAUGAGGGUGCAGUGGAUCUGGACGCCAUAGCUAAUGAGACCGAGCGCAAGGCCCUGGAAGGCAUCAUCAGCAACUUUGGCCAGACGCCCUGUCAGCUUCUCAAGGAGCCCCAUCCUCCCCGUAUGUCAGCAGAGAAUGCAUUCAGGCGGAAUGCCCGUCUGGACAUUCUGCCCCCCAACCUUUUUGAUCAGCUCAGUAAACUCCGAUCUUUUAAGGAGGUGGUGAGCGAUGGUCUGCCGUUAGUGCAAGCCGUGGUGCCCAGAAAUCAAACCCGCUCCUUCAUCAUCCCUGGUUCUGACAUACUGGUGACAGUGAGUGCUAAUGGAAUGAUAGGCACUCAUAGCUGGCUGCCCUACGACAAGAACAUAGCUAAUUAUUUCACCUUCACCAGAGACCCCUCUGUGAGCAACCCAAAGACCCAGCGGUUCCUCAGCGGGCCGUUCUCCCCAGGGGUGGAAAUCGGGUCCCAGGUGCUGGUGGUGUCCACUGACGGGCGUCUGCUGUUCAGCGGGGGGCACUGGGAUUGCAGCAUUCGAGUCACUAUGUUAGGCAAGGCCAAGCUGGUGGGCAGGAUCUGCCGUCACAUAGAUGUGGUCACGUGCCUGGCUCUGGAUCUCUGUGGUAUCUACCUCAUCUCUGGCUCACGAGACACCACCUGCAUGGUGUGGCAGGUCCUACAGCAGGGUGGUUUCUCUAGCGGUCUGUCUCCACGGCCCGUGCAGGUGCUCUGUGGACAUGAUCAAGAGGUCACGUGUGUCGCCAUCAGCACUGAGUUGGACAUGGCAAUCUCAGGGUCAAAGGAUGGCACAGUGAUCAUGCACAGUGUGCGUCGUGGACAGUACCUGCUUACCCUGAGACCGCCGUGUGAGAGCUGCCUUCCUGCCCCUGUGGCACAGCUGGAGGUCGGAAUAGAAGGGCACAUAGUGGCACAGACUGUUAUGGAGGGCCGCUCUGCUGGAAAGGAGAAGUACGCACUGCAUGUGUAUUCUGUGAAUGGCACUCUCUUAGCAUCUGAGACGUUGGACGAGAAGAUUUCAGCUUUGCAUCUGGUGCCUGACUACCUCAUCGUGGGCACACAACAGGGGAACCUUCACAUUCGAGAGUUGUACAGCUUGAGUCUGGCUGUGGCGCCCUUGGCCCUGAAGGUCCCUGUUCGCUGUGUGUCUGUCACGAAAGAGAGCAGUCAUAUUCUAGUGGGCCUGGAGGAUGGCAAACUCAUUGUGGUGGGAGCAGGAAAACCGGAGGAGGUGCGGUCUGGGCAGUUUUCCCGUCGACUGUGGGGCUCCACACGCAGAAUCUCCCAGGUGUCCUCAGGAGAAACCGAAUACAACCCCGUCGAGCCUUCUGCUAAAUGAGCCUCACAAGCCUUCAGCAAAACCUUUGCAUCCACAAGAAACGAUAGCGUCAGCUCUCCUGCACCGCUCGGCCGCUUUCCUUCCCUUCUAAAACAGAGAGCUUGGGAACAAGAGAGCAUAAAGGGAACACAAGUGGUGAACAUCCAAACGUGCACUUUUUUACAAAAAGGGAAAACGAGCAUUCUUCUCGAAAAUGCAAUUUGUUUUAUACCGCUUUUAACAAACAAACAUUCCAAAGAUUUUUGAUCAGGCGAAUCAGGCAGUCGCCUGCAAACUUUUUAAGUGUUGAUGGCUAAGACUGAACUUUUUAAAAGCAGUAUGUUCUGUCCUGUGAAUCACAGACUGGCUGGAGCCCGAGGCACUGAAGCUCAGCAUGAUGGACUUAGUCUCUGUCACUAAGUGACAAACCGUCAUCACCUGAGCCGUUUUAUAGUCUAGUAGAUCUUCCUAUGCUGAUUUUUGCUUUUGUUCUGCUGAUCGCGCUCAGCACAGCAACACUGGUACUCCAUCUGACACUUGAAAACCUUCUUAUAUUCUUAUAUUGAGCAAUGUCGUCUAUGAAGCCAGAUUUUUCCAUGGGACAGGCACCAACAGAGACAUUUCAGCUCUGUGUGUAUGUAUGUGGGUGUGGGUGUUUGUAUCGCUUCGCACGGUUACUUGCAGACGCUUUGUAUAACGCAAUAAUUAAUGUGACGCCUAAAUUAGAACACGAUUUUUUUUAUACUUGUUUAAUGAUGUGAAGCGCUUUGAACCCUACUAAGUCUUGAGACUUUAUUCAGUACCUCUGGUGCCUUAAAACAGGUAAACAAUAUAAAUGUCCAUAAUUAUGAUGGAUUAUUACAUGAAAUAUAUUAAAGGGAUAGUUCACCUGAAAAUGAUCAUUUUGUCAUCGACUCACUGUCAUGGUGUUCCAAACCUGUAUGACUGACUUUUUCCUGAAAAAAAAAGA